AUGUCGAGCGCGGUGCGCCCAGAUGUAUACAUGGACGCUCCGCCAGUCGCCAGUCGCCAGUCGCCAGUGUUGGUAGCGGAGCCAGCCGCUUGCGUCGAGCCCACUGCUGCAUGGGCUGCUUGUUCGGCGCUGGUCCCCAGGCGACGUCGCACGGCGGGCAGAGACAUUGACAGAGAAUGGCCAGCACAGCGUGUUUUGCAACUGCAGGGCGUACAUAGAUAG